UUGGCAGUUCUCUUCUGUGGAAGUUGCCACACGCAUUUCAUUCUUUUCUCCUCUCCAGUAUGAUGAAAGUGAGCUGAUUUUGAAGCAGNAGACACGACAGGAAGAAGAAAUCAGCUCUNAUCACGUNGCACAGCCAGUGAGAGAAGUGUUNACAAACUGUGUGUUCUUCAGCCAACUACCAGAAGACCUUNUCAUGGUGAGCAAGGACACCAGCAUNAUUUCUAUUUUUAGGAGUUUUGUAUAUUGCUUCUGUUAUUAACAUGCUUCUUGUUUAAAUCUGGUAGGAUCACUUUACACGAUUCCUAAAUAAGCUUGCUUGGCGUUACGAAUUUCUUAAUAAACCCAGUAUUGCUGUGAAGAGGUGCAAUGCAUAUGAUGAAAAUAAACGGACAAUUUGCGUAGAGUUCUCUUCUGUGGAAGUUGCCACACACAUUUCAUUCCUUUCUCCUCUCCAGUAUGAUGAAAGUAAGCUGAUUUUGAAGCAGGAGACACGGCAGGAGGAAGAAAGUAGCUCUCAUCACGUACAUCUCUUUAAGAGCUGUUUUGUGUCAGUUUUCAAUCUUCCUAAACGUGACAAGUUUUCUGAGGAACAUCUUGUUAAGUUUCUCACCAAAAAAGCACAAGAGGCUUGGUUUGUUGAAAAUUUAAUGGCAGUUGUCAAAUCAAUUGGCGAGUACAGUGAGAUUGAUUUCAGCAUAAAAUUAGAGUUUGUCUCAUCUAAUAUUGCGCAAAAAAUGUGCUUAUUGUCACCCAUGACUUAUGAGAACCUGAAAAUUGAACUGAGGCAAGAACGCAGCAUUGAUACCAUUCAUGAAGAAGCUUUCAUUGGUCAUGCAGAUUCUACAGCUCCUCGCCCACUGAACCUUCGGUUAAAGACUGACUAUGAACUAUUUGUACAACUUCUAUAUAACCUGAGGCAUUCUUUCAGAGAGCGCAAUUAUGACUCUGCUUUAGCACGUUUAAAGGCUGACUUAAGGGUUCACAAUAUAUAUGAAGACAUUGACAGUUUGAGGAAGAAAAGGACAAAAGUAAUUGUGAACAACUAUAAGACCAUGUCUAAAAGUGGAGGUUCUCUUAUGGAAUUCUUUGUCCCUGUAGGAGUCAUAAAAGGCAAGCUUGAUGAAAGAAAACUCACAGGCUCUUUAUUUGAGAAGGAAGUAGAAAGUGUUGUAUCAAGCUCUGACUUUAUAGAACCAUUGUGUUUUUUCGAGGAAGCUGCUGUAUGGACAAAUGUGGCCACUAAAGCUCUCAUCAAAGCGUGUAUUGAACACAGAGAAGACUACAAGAAGCACGAGUAUAGGACAAGGUAUUGGCAGAAAAUUCGAAAGUAUCUUUAUGAGAAGAAACAUUACUACUCUGCUGCUGGCUGUGAAGGCAAAAUGCUUCAACUGAAGCGCACGUUUAGAGAUGAGGAACAAGCUCGGCGCCAAACUGGGGCACCUGGUCCCUCUACUACACACUCCUGGGAGUUCUAUGAGGAUAUGAGACAGCUCAUGGAGGGUGACGUCACGGUUACACCUCAUGUAACUGCAGCCUUUGGUUCAUCGCAGGUGAUCACUGAGAAGGAGAAAAUUUCAUUGUCUUCCCAUAAAGAAAACUCCCAGCGCAUUGGGAAGGCAGGUAAUCCAAGUGCAAUGCGUCGACCGUUUAGUAGUGUUCAUAACAAUAGACAGAAAACUGGAGACAAUUAUUUGGUCAUGCAAGACUUUGUUGAUGCUUACAGGGAAAGGACAGCUCUUUUGAAGCACUUGAAACAGUAGCCUAUUAACAUUUAAUUGUGUUUUGUUUUUAAUUUAUUAUUUGUUGUUCUCAUUUUAGAAGCUAAAUGUAGUCUUCCCUUCACUCUGUUGUGGCUUUUUCAGAAGUGAAAUCAUGAAGGUACUAAUCUUAAUUUUUCUUGUUCCUGAAAAGAGCCAAAGUGAUGCAAGUUAUAUUUGUUAUACGUUCUCCCUUAAGUUAAAAAUUUUUUUGCGUUUAGUUUUAAAAUUUUAAAUUUAAUGUUUUUGACAUACUUUAAGAAUUAGUGCAAUAUGUCUACUAUCAUUUGUAGAGAGUACUGUAUGUUUAAAUAGUAAUCUAAGUUACCUGUUGUUGGUUGUGAAUUAAAUUUGAUCUGCUGAAUAGUAAAUGUGUUAUUUCAGUUCAGUAAACUACCAAAAGUAAUUCUAGCCAAUAAGACUUUCAUGCUUUGUGCUAUGUGCUACUUUAAAGGAGUGGCUUGGUACAUUAUGUUCAUUAACUAUGGAGACCAUUAAAUCUCCAGUACUUCAACUACCUGCAAAUAACGAUCUCUGAUUUUACCAUGUCUUAGGAAUAGUAGGAGUUUCUUUUUAUUCAUUUUUUGCUUUGUAAUGCUUAAGAGAGGCUUUUUAUAUUUUUAUCUUGAGAUGUUACUGACCACUAAGAUUUGAAUAUGUUUAAGAUUUCUAUAAGAUUUUAUCUCUGAGAGUUUUUUCCUUUCGGUUAUCUUCUGCAUUAUUAUGAAUUGUGAUGCUGCAUGUGUAUUUUUAGUUCACACAUUUGUGUUCUACCUUGUAGGUCAGGUUGUGAAGUUGUUCCUUUUCUUAUAUUAUUUAUGUUGAAGUAAGUUUAUUUAUAUUAUGCUAUUCUGUAGCAGCUGUUUUUUGCUGUUUGUCAUUAGUUACAAAAAAAGUUUGAACAAUGCUCAAAUUAAUUGUAAGAAUCUCGCGCGUUGAAAACUAUUAUGUUAUUAUAAUAUAUAUAUAUUCUUAAUAUUGUACUAUUGUUAUUAUUGUAUAAUAUUAUUGAACAAUAAUAAUAUAAUAAUAUUAUUGUUAUUAUUGUUAACAAUUAUGUAAAUGUUGGAAACUAUAAAAACAUUGCAUACA